AUGCUGUCCCUAUUCGAAGCCUUCGUCUAUGGCACUUUCGUCGUUCUCAUAUCCGCCACUAUCGUCGUGCUCCACAUGGGGGUGACCAACGUCGAAGAUUCCCUCGAUUCCGAGGAGCAGCGCGCAUUCUUGCGUAUUGACCAACUAUUGAAGGAACUCAACGAAGAAGCAAAAAAAUACGCCGAUACCAAGUUGACCGCCGCCAAGCGCGAUGAGAUGGAGCGCAAACUCGAUGCUUCCAUUGAGACCUACAAGGAGGUCGUUCUUGAGAUCAUGGCCGAGGUGGAUAAGACUAGGAAGGAAAAGGACCGAGUGCGCCGGGGUUUGGACUAA